AUGCCAUUCUUGUGUGCCUUUUACUUGCUGAUCAAUUUCGUUAAUGGAGAUUGGUAUACAGAAGAGUUGAAGAUUACUCGGUUAGCGCCUGGAAAUCUAAUGGCUGAGUUUCGUUUUCGGAUCGCUAGUGAUAACCUAGACCUAGGUCCAGAGUAUUCACUCUUUCCCCGGAUUUUUGCAGAGCUUAUCAAUGCUCAUUCGAUAUCAGAAAUAUCAUUCCUGUUAACUCAGGGACGAUGGUACAGUUCCCGUUGGGGCUUACCUCCGCAGCCAAAUGGACCUACUGGGGCAAGCAUCCAUGCAUGGCUUCGUGGAAAUGAAACACAUGUGGACACAAAGUGGCGAACCUUAAUAAAUUCACUGAAUGGGCUAUUGUGUACAGCGAUGACUAGAGUAGUACCCGAACAAACGUCAUCACCCAGGUUGGCGUUCAGAAGAACUGGUUCGAGCACAGAGCCUAUGGUCCACUUGCGAUAUAGUGCUGUGGGCAAGGAAACUAUCUGUACUGAAAACAUGACACCGUGGAAAAAACUUCUGCCUUGCAAACAGGUCUGCAUCACUUCAUUCAUUAGUUGGUUUUUUGUGAAACUGUGUAGCGUUCUCCUUUUUUCUGCAAAUGGUUUACAAUGUAAUUGGUUACUCGACCUCGUCGUUAACACUGUCUUCGACAUUCCAUUGAAAACAGGGAAGUUAGAUUGGAACUUCUCAGAGUUGUUCAACAGAGAGAUCACAGGAGUUUGUAACGCUGCCUCUAGCAGUAAGGUAAUAGUGAAACUGAAUGAAAAGAAUUUGCAUCUCAUACCAAAACCAACCGAGAUUGUUGGCGAGUCAUAUGCUGUGUAUGAUCUUCAAAAGAUUCCUUCGGUUCGUGCCUUCUCGGUACAUGGUUUGUACAAUCAUAUGUUCGACAGUACAUCAAGACAAGGGAAUGGAUCAAUAAGGUCGACCGUAAAGCAGUUAAAUGUUUCGUCGUCUAUCAGUGGAACGGAUCAACAGUCUGCCGUUUUAAUAUCCAUUCUUAAAAAUGAAGGGACGUCUCAAGAUAUAAUUUACACUCACCAACUCCCUUGGUUUCUGUUGAUAUAUUACCACACACUUUCUUUGACAUGCAGAUAUCUAACAGAUCGACCAGAGCAAGUGGUGGAGAGUCCUAUCCUACACAAACAUUACUUCGUUCCCUCACUAGCGCGAAAGAGACCAGCUCUUCUCGAAUUACAGUUCGAGCUUCCCGGCGAUUCAGAAUGUCGUGUUCAGCUGGAGUUCGAGAAAGCAUUUCUAAGAAUCCGCGAAUAUCCGCCUGAUGCAAACCAUGGGAUGUAUAUACCCGGUGCCGUUGUUACUUUGUUAGGCAGUAAUAAUACGUCAAUUUGGAAACACCAGGAUCAGGCUGCAAAUACAGAAAUGUCAACAUGUGAGUCUCUAUUUUUCUGUGAUCCUGUUGUUCUACAUGGAAAUGUGCUUCUCAUCACCCUUCCGGUGCCAGACUUUAGUAUGCCAUUCAAUGUGAUCUGCUUCGUCAUGACAACAGUCUCUCUCUGUUUUGGACCAAUACAUGGCUUUUCAACAAAAAUGUAA